UGUCUGUGCAAAAUUUCAUGUGAAUCCAUCCAAUAAUAUUUCAGCGUGGGUCAAAGCGGGGCACCGACCAACCACCUGUAAGCCCCGUACCACAUCCAGAACACCCCUCCUCUCUUGACUCCUCCCCAGCAUGAUCCAGUCACAUGCACCUGCAGGAUGCGUUUGGUGUGUACUUUGGGUCUCUUUCUGGCCCUACUGCACGUCUCUACCUCUCUGCUGCUGGGAGCCUUCAACAUUAAGUCAUUUGGGGACAAGAAAUCCUCCAACACGACUCUGAUGAACAUCAUCAGCACGAUUGUCCACCGCUAUGACAUCAUUCUGAUCCAGGAAGUCAGAGACAGUGAUCUGUCAGCAACCAAAAAACUCAUGGAGCAUGUCAACAAAGGUUCUCCUAAGUUCAGGUACAAGCACAUCGUCAGUGAGCCUCUGGGUCGCAGCUCCUACAAGGAGAGAUAUCUCUUCCUCUACAGGGAGCAGACCGUAUCUGUGGCUAAAAACUACACUUAUGAUGACGGCUGUGAGCCCUGUGGGACAGACAUCUUCAACAGAGAGCCCUUUGUUGUCAUGUUCUCCUCCAAAUAUACCGCUGUGAGGGACUUUGUUUUGAUCCCCCAGCACACCUCUCCAGACUCUGCUGUGAAGGAAGUGAAUGCGCUCUAUGAUGUGGUGACUGAUGUCCGCACUCGCUGGAAUACUAAUGACAUCAUGCUGCUGGGUGACUUCAACGCAGGCUGCAAUUAUGUUAUGGGCUCCGACUGGCAGAAGAUCCGCCUCUACACUGACAAGAGUUUCCACUGGCUGAUUACUGAUGAAGUCGACUCUACAGUGUCACAAAACACUCACUGCCCUUACGACAGGAUUGUAGUGACUACUGACAUGAUGAAGGGAGUGGCACACGGCAGUGCUAAGGUCUACAACUACAUGACGGACUUAAAACUCAGUCACAGUCUGGCACUCGCUGUCAGUGACCAUUACCCUGUGGAGGUGAAACUGCUUGGCUAAGCUCCUACUGCCUGAAUCAUGAAUUCCACAGUCUUUCCACAAGCCUCCAGGCUGAAUCGGAACAAUGAUUAUUCACUAGGAGUGAAUUACAAGACCAAAAUAAAACAUCUGCCAAAUUAUGUCACUGCAUUGUUUGAAUAUAAACAUAAAAAAACACAGCGGGGAACAAGGAAUUAUCAUCUGUACAGCUGGGCAAUUACAACUACAAGUGGACCCAUACUACAACUACACUGUAUGUGCUUGGUUCAUAAUCACCAGAGUCGGUGAUCAUCAGUUAGUACUCAUAAGCCAGCCCAUUUGGA